GAAGGAAGCAGGGAGGGGGUUGGGAGCCGUGGGGGCCAGACUAACCCAAGCACUCCCGCUGGACUGGCCGCCAUGGGGCUGAGGCUGCUCCCACUGUUGCUGCUCUGGACACAGGGGACCCAGGGGUCCAAGCUGGACCCCAAUGGGCGGCAUGUCUGUAUGGCCAGCAGCCCCUCUGCUGAGCUCCAGUGCUGCCCAGGCUGGAGGCAGAAAGAUCAAGAAUGCACCGUCCCCAUCUGUGAGGGGGUAGAUGCCUGCCAGGAAGAUGAAGUAUGUGUGAAACCAGGCCUCUGUCGAUGCAAACCUGGAUUCUUCGGGGCCCAGUGCAACUCCCGCUGCCCGGGCCAGUACUGGGGCCCCGACUGCCGUGAGAUCUGUGCGUGCCACCCACACGGCCAGUGCGAGCCGGCCACAGGCGUGUGCCACUGCCUAGCGGACCGCUGGGGCGGCCGAUGCGAGUUCGCGUGCGCCUGCGGCCCCCACGGGCGUUGCGACCCCGCGACGGGCGCGUGCCGCUGCGAACCCGGCUGGUGGUCGUCCACUUGCCGCCGUCCGUGCCAGUGCAACCCGGCGGCGGCGCGCUGCGAUCCAACCGACGGCUCCUGCCGCUGCGAGCCGGGGCCCUGGAUGCUCUCCAGUGUCCCUGGAGGCCUGGGUGGGGACUCGUUCUGUCCGCUCUGCAGUGCUCCCAUGACUCCUCCUCUUCCCAGCUGUGGCCACUGCAAGCAGAAGGAGCCAUGCUCUGCAGACACAGGCAGCUGUGCGUCCUGCGAGCCAGGCUGGAACGGAACCCAGUGCCACCAGCCCUGCCCAGCUGGCACCUUUGGCGAGAGCUGCAGGCAGCCGUGCCCCCACUGCCGGCUUGGGGAGGCCUGUCAGCCAGACACCGGGCACUGUCAGCACUGUGAGCCUGGGCGGCUGGGGCCCAGGUGUGAAGAGCCCUGCCCGACCGGGACCUUUGGGGAUGGCUGUAGCUCCACCUGCCCCACCUGUGUUCAGGGGACCUGUGAUGCUGUGACUGGGGAAUGUGUCUGCCAUGCUGGCUACUGGGGACCCAGCUGCAACACGUCAUGCCCACCUGGCUUCCAUGGUAGCAACUGCUCGGAUCCCUGUGAAUGCCCAGAGGGACCCUGCACCCCUAUCUCUGGGGCCUGCCAGCUGGGGCCUCGCAGUCAGGAUGCAGCCCUCAUCGCAGGCAUCCUUGUACCUCUGCUGCUCCUCCUCCUGGGCAUCAUCUUCUGUGUCUGCUGCUGCCGGGCCGCCCGGUUGGACCCCAAGGACAGGCCAGCAAGUGAUGGAGCUGCUGUGUCCAGGAUGAAGCUGCAGGUCUGGGGGGCACUGAGCAGCCUGGGCUCGGUGCUACCCUGUGGUUCCUUCAGCAGCCACAAGCUUCCCUGGGUGACAGUCUCACACCACGACCCGGAGAUCCCCUUCAACCACAGCUUCAUCGAGCCGCCCUCUGCGGGCUGGGCCUCAGACGACUCCUUCUCUUCUGAUCCCGAGUCUGGAGAGGACGAGAGCCCGGCCUACUGCGUGCCACCCCAAGAAGGGAUGGUCACUGUGGCCCACGGAGAGUUUCCAGAGGCCAGCCUGGCUGGAGGUCCCAUCCCUCCUCCCGAGGACGCCUCCACACCGUUCCCCAUCCCGCGCACUUCCAGUCUCGCACGGGCCAAGCGGCCAUCAGUCUCCUUUGCCGAAGGCACCAAGUUUGCGCCACAGAGUCGCCGAAGCUCAGGGGAGAUCUCCAGUCCUCUCCGAAAGCCCAAGAGGCUCUCCCGGGGGGCCCAGCUGGGUCCUGAAAGCCAGGAGGCUGAGGAGUCCAUGGGCUCAGAGAAAGCAGAAAUGGAUGAGACCCUUCCUGGUGCUGCCAGCCCCAGGGAUUCAGCCACUGGCCGCCGCCGGCUCCCCCUUGGUGGCCGGACAGUGGCUGAGCGUGUAGAAGCCAUUGAGGGCAGUGUCCUGGAGGGCUCAGGCUCUGUGACCACGAUCUACAUGCUGGCAGGGACACCCCAGUUAUCUGAGGGCCCUGUCCGGUCUGUUCUCCGCCGUUUUGGUAGCUUCCAGAAAGGCCAGGCAGAGCCCAAGGUCAAGAGUGCCAUCCCUAAGCCUCCACGCCGGGCCCUUAGUCGAAAUAAGGGCAGCCCUGGGCUGGCCUCUGGCUCUGCCAGUCAGAGCCCCAGCUUAGCCCCGAAUGAUGAGCUCACUAGGCCCUUGGAGUCUGCAGGAACUGGGCCAGAGGAAGUGGCCAGGGGGCUAGGGGAUGGCACCAAGAGCUCAGGGAGGGCCCAGGAGCUGGCCCCUGAGGGUGGCCCCCAAGAACAGGACCCCCAGAAGCUGGCUGAUGGGGAAGGGCAAGAGGAGCCCCAGUAUGAGAAUGUUGCACCCAUCUCUGGGCCACCAGCACCCUGAGAACCUUGAAUUUGGAGAGUUGGAAGACUGUGGAUGGGGGGUAGGCGUCUGAACUGCCCCUGGAUCAGAUUGUGUUUUGCUGGAAAAAGAUCUCAGGGCCAGGAAAGACAGACCAGAGCCUCUGCCCUUUCAUGGGGAAACGUCAGAGUUGGAGGCCAGUUGGCUCUGGGCCCUGGCAGUGCUCUGGGAGUGGUCUGGAAGGCCUGGGCAGAGACCCCAUAGGGUGGGGUCAGGAAGGGGAAAGAGAUGACUGCAGGGACUUUUUCUCUGUUGUCCUGGACUCUAUUUGCCCCCAAAGGCUAUUCUUUUCUACAUUUGCAAAACAUUUUUCUGAAAUGGGAAACAACCUAAAUGUUUGAUGAUGAAAGACUGGUUAAAGAAAGAUUGCUGGGGCGCCUGGGUGGCUCAGUCGUUAAGCGUCUGCCUUCGGCUCAGGUCAUGUCCCAAGGUCCUGGGAU